AACAUCGACGGUUCAGAUCAUGGGAACACUCAGCAUGUGGGCCACAGUGGGCGGCGACAAACGUUUGUUCCCGACUCGCGACAGAGGCAAGACGAAUCCAUAAAACAGCAUCUACAUUUCCCUUCUUUCGCGCAACCCUCCCUCUCCCUCUCCGUCGCCGUAGUCCGCAUGGACAUGGAUUCUAGUGGCUUGACCUCCUCCUCCUUCGACAAAGAUCGCCACAUUACCUUCUUAGAAAUGAUGGUCCACACCCUCCCCGCAGACUACCAAGAGCAAGAUAUCAACCGUCUCACCCUCGCCUACUUCGCCAUCUCUGGCCUAGACAUCCUCAACGCCCUCGAUCGAAUCGAUAAAGACGGAGUCGUCAAUUGGGUAUUAUCUUUACAAGAACAUCCUUCGAAUGAGUCUGAAUUAGAAAAUGGAGAAUUCUAUGGAUUUCAUAGCUCAAGAACUUCUCAAUUUCAAGCACAUGAUGUCGGGGUUUCGAGUCGCAAUGAUAGCCACUUAGCAAGUACAUACUGUGCACUAGCCAUAUUGAAGAUGGUCGGUUAUGACUUGUUGAGUAUUGAUUCGGAGUCAAUCGUGGUCUCGAUGAAACACCUGCAACAGCCUGAUGGGAGCUUUAUGCCCAUUCAUACAGGGGCAGAGAAGGACCUCCGAUUUAUAUACUGUGCUGCUGCCAUCUGUUCUAUGUUAAAUAAUUGGAGUGGAAUGGACAGAAAGAAAGCCAACGAAUAUAUACUCAAUUGCCAGUCAUAUGAUGGUGGUUUUGGCUUAGUUCCGGGCUCAGAAUCUCAUGGUGGUGCGACUUACUGUGCGGUUGCAGCUCUACGGUUGAUGGGAUUCAUCAAAGAUGAUAUUCUAUCCAAAUUCAUUUCAUCUUCUGUCAUCAACGUGCCAGCGUUGCUGGAGUGGAGCUUAGAGAGGCAAACAAUUGAUGGUGGAUUUCAAGGCCGAACCAACAAGCCUAGUGACACAUGUUAUGCAUUUUGGGUCGGCAGUGUUUUGAAGAUCUUAGGAGCUCACCACUUCUUUGACAAGGAUGCUCUGCGUGCUUUUUUGCUUUCCUGUCAGACCCCGUACGGUGGUUUCAGUAAAUUCCCAAAGGAGCUGCCGGAUCUCUACCAUACCUACUAUGGGUUUUGUGCAUUUAGCUUGUUGGAUGAACCUGGGCUAAAACCACUCUGCGUCGAGCUUGGCACCACUGAUUUUUCCUCUGGAAUGUGACCGUCUUCUGCAAAUCCAAAGGCUUCUACAAUGAUUGCAGCCAAAUGCUGAAUACAGCAAAAUGCAUCAGAGGAUGGAAUUCAGUUGGUGAAAAUGGUCAUCCGAUUGGCAGCAUGCAAUUUGAGUACAGAUUCAAAUAGCUAUUGAUUUCGUUGUGACAUAAACUGUAUUACAAAACGCUUAUUGUUAUCAUUUUGAGGUGUAUUACAAAUCUGUAUUACAAAUCUCAUUGAAAUUUCAUUUGGGUGCAUUCUGGCCCAUUUUUAGGAAA